CUCAGCAAGACAGCAGUCACCUGCACACCUACUUUGUACUUCUUACUUGGAGUUUUCUAAAGAUGUCUUAUUACGAACACAUAAUAAUUGAAAAUGACGGAAACAUCUCAGAGUCUGGAUUGGCGGAUCUUGGAAUCGACUUGGAGGUUCCUUGCAACCGCGAGGUCAGCCAGGACUUUCAGAAGAUUUUUCUCCCCACUGUGUACGGAAUCAUAUUUUUUUUGGGCUUCAUUGGGAACGGGCUCGUGGUGCUAAUCAUGGGAUAUCAGAACAAAUCCCGGACCAUGACAGACAAGUACCGACUGCACCUCUCAGUCGCAGACCUUCUUUUCGUUCUCUCCCUGCCCUUCUGGGCUGUGGACGCGGCCAGCGACUGGUACUUCGGCGGGUUCAUGUGCGUGGCGAUGCAUAUGAUCUACACGGUGAACCUGUACAGCAGCGUGCUGAUCCUCGCCUUCAUCAGCCUGGACCGCUACCUCGCAGUGGUGCGUGCCACCAGCAGCCAGGCGCCACGGAAACUCCUGGCGGAGCGCGCCAUCUACGUGGGCGUGUGGCUCCCCGCCGCGCUGCUCACCGUGCCCGACCUGGUAUUCGCGAGGACGGUGGACCUCGGCACCCGCGUCAUGUGCGAGCGGAUCUACCCGGCGGAGUCCAACGUCGCCUGGAUGGUGGCGUUCCGUUUCCAGCACAUCCUGGUGGGCUUCGUGCUGCCUGGGUUCGUCAUCCUUGUCUGCUACUGCAUUAUCAUCUCCAAGCUGUCGAGGGGUUCCAAAGGCACGCAGAAGCGCAAGGCGCUGAAGACCACCGUGGUGCUGAUUGUGUGCUUCUUCGGCUGCUGGCUGCCUUACUGCGGGGGGAUCCUGAUCGACACGCUGAUGACGCUGGAGAUAAUCCCGCACAGCUGCGAGCUGGAGGAGGGCUUGGAGAAGUGGAUCUUCGGGACGGAGGCGCUGGCGUACUUCCACUGCUGUCUCAACCCGAUACUGUACGCCUUCCUCGGGGUGAAGUUCAAGAAGUCCGCCCGCAACGCGCUCUUGACUGGCCGCGGCUCCAGUCUGAAGAGUCUGCCCAAAAAGCGGUGCGGGAUGUCCUCUGUCUCAACAGAGUCGGAAUCGUCGAGUUUCCACUCCAGUUAACACGCACAGACCCACGCGGACGUUUCUGACGAUUGUAAAUACGCGCGCCGUGGACUUGGCCUGCGCAAGCCAUUUGGUAAUACAGCAUUGUAGCGCGAGGAAAACGAGCGAACAGGCUGAGCCUGUAGACUGACUGGUCGCCAGCACAUGUAAAUGUCAGAACAGUAAAGACUUUAUGCCAGUAUUAGUGUGUGAGCGCGGCACCGUGCCUUUUCUUACUGACAGAUGCCUCAAGUGAUUCGCAGUUUUCCCUUCUGCACUUGGGGUAUCUUGCUCUUAUUUAUUACGCGGGAAGGUCAAAUUCAGGACGAAUAGCGCAGCAGGCAUCAGACCCCUCCGAGUCCAUGAUUAUCAUAUGAGCUGCUACAGCUGUUUGGUUUGGAGUCCUUGUAAUAAAUGGCUUUUAUAUAUAUAAAA